AUGCAAAACUACGAAAAUUGCAGAAAGCAAACAAAAAAAAAAGACGGUUAUCAUAGGUCAAACAACAUAAAUAAAAAUAAUGUAAACAUAAAAGAUAUAAAAACAUUGUAUAAUAUAUUUUCUUGUAAUAUCCAAACGGAAAGUAAUAUUAUAGAUUGUACAGAAAAAGGUAACAAACAUGGUUCUCUAUUUUUAACGAAAACGGGAAAAGAUAAUGAGGAUAAAAAGGAAAAUUACAAUAAUAGUAUCAAUAAUAAUAAUAAAAAAAAAGAAUCUUAUUUAUUUGAUAUAUCUCAUGAUAAUUAUAAAAUAACAAAAACAAACAAUGUAAAAAAAGAAGAUGAUUUAUUUUUAAAACAAUCCAAUAAACAAAAACCAAAGGACAAUGAUUUUGAUUUUUUUAUGGAAUAUAAUGAAAACGACAAUGUUAACAAAUUAACAAAAAUAAAACAUUUAGACAAAAAUGAAAAAGAACCAAAUAUAAAUAAUACUAUAAAUUCAUGUCAAUCAGAUAAUGACUCUUUGUUAUUUUUGAAUGAAAUAGAUGUAAAAAAAUUUGAAAAUUUUGAACAUUUUGAACAUUUUGAAAAUUUUGAGAAAAAUAUAAAUACAGAGCUAGGUUAUGAUAAAAUAGUGCAUUAUAAUCAAGUUGAAAAAAUAAAGGAACAAAAAGGAAGAGACGUAACAAUAAGUAAAACUAAUGAUAUAUUUAUUGUAGAUAAUGAAAGUCAAAAAAUAGAUUGGGAAAAAAAAUAUGAUAUUUUUGAUAAAGAAUUCGAAAAAAAUACAAGUUUCGAUCAAAACGAAAAAACGAAAAAAAACAAUUUGGAUAUCCCAAUUUUGUUUGAUAACAAUUUUUGUGAAAAUAAACAAAAUAAUUGCCCUGAUUUGGGUUCUGGUUAUGGCUCUGGUUAUGAUUAUGAUUAUGAUCAUGGCUAUGGCUAUGGCUAUGGCUCUGGUUUACCGUUUUGUAACAAAGUGGGAGCAAAAAAUGAAACAGAAAUAGACGAUAAAAUUUCUGACCAUAUUGAUUUGGAUACUUACCCAAGUAAAGAGAUAAUAAAUUUGAUGGAAAAUUCAAAAAAUGAAAAAAAUUCAAAAAAUGAAAAAAAUGUAUCUUUCCCUUUUGAUCUUAAUUCAAAUAUAUUUCCAAAAACAAAUUAUGAAGAUUGCAUAUACAAUUCUUUAGCAUUUAAUGAUAAAGAUAGUGAACUAUUUAAUACAAAAGAUAAAAACAUUUUAGAUAUCAGUAUAGACAAAAAUAAAGAAACUAUUUAUAGUAGUGAAUAUUUAGUCAAUUCAAAUAUUUUAUUUAAUUUUAAUUAUGGAAUGUUUGAAAAAGAAGGAGAAGACGAAGGAGAAGACGAAAAUAAGGAUGCCGUUUUUAAAGAUGUAAAAAAAAGCCAAGACGAUUUUUUUUUGUCAGAAAAUUUGAAUAAAAACGAAAUGAAUUGUAUAUUUGAUGAGGUAGAUAAAACUUGUUACAAAACGGUUGAGGAUAAAAUCGAAAGUUAUCCGUCAAACAUAAUAAACAAAACAAAUAUAAGCAAUAACGAAAAUAAUAUGUUUUUAGAAAUAAUUAAAGAAAUUGAAAGUGUCAGUAAAGACCUUAUUCACGAUAAUUUCAAAUUGGAAAGUGGUGAAAGCGUUUUGGAAAGUGGUGAAAACGUUUUGGAAAAUUGUGAAAACGUUUUGGAAAAUGAUAAAACAGAUAUACCAAGUUGUGAUAAUAAAAUGGAAAUUAUGUCGAAUAACAAAAGUGUUUGUGAAAAAGACAUUAACAAGUCAGCAACUCAUUUUGACUAUUUAAAAAAUAUAGAUCUUCAAGAUAUGAACAAUUUUACACAAAUUCAAUUCACGGAUUCAGGAAACAAGACAACACAUACUGACGAAGAAACUGAAAUUAGGGAAAAUGUAUAUGAUAAGUUUGAAAUAAAAAACAAAGAUAAAUUUUUAAGUAACAAAGCGGAUGAAACAGUAAACUUUUAUGAUGAUAUUUAUAAUAUACUAAUAAAUAAAAACUAUUUAGACACAUUUUUAAUUCUAAAAAAAAAUAAGAAUAUUAAUAAUGAAGAUAUUAAUAAUUUUCAUAUAUACUUAAAAAAUGUGAAAAAAAAAAAAAAAAGAGGGUUUAGUGAUAUGUAUGACUAUAAUGAUUAUAUAUAUAAAUUUAUAGAAGAGAUAUAUUCAAUAAAUGUUAACAGAUUUUUUUUUUACAAUAUUUAUAUAGAUAAUAUAAAUAAAUGUAUUAAAAAAAAAAAUCUUUUAAUAAAUAAUAUAAGUAAUAGUUACAAUUUUGUUAACGAUUUUUACAAAAAAAAUGAAAAAUUAUUAACACAUGAUAUGUUUUAUAAAAAUAUUAAUUAUUCUUUUUAUUUUUUGAAUUUUAUUAAUAUAUUAAUUAAAUUAUGGAAAAAAAUUACAAUAAAAAUAAAAAAUAUAAAUAUCAUGUUAUUAUUAAAAAAAUUUGUAAAUAUUUUUAAAAAAAAUAAAAUAAUAUAUGCUAUAAAAGAAAUAUAUAAUUAUUUAUGUUUUGUCUACAAUAUAUUAAAUAAGCCUAUAUUAGAUGAAAAACAAACAAAAAUAAAAAAAAUAAUUAAGAUAAUAAUAAAAAGUCAAAUUUUUAAAAUGAUAAAAAAAUAUGUAUAUAAAAUUAAUAAUUCUUCUUUUCAUUUUAUAAUUUUAUUUUCUCUAAUAUCUAUACCACCAUAUAAAAAAACUUGCACAAUUUUUGAUCAUUUUUUGGAAUAUUUUUUUAAAAAUAUCAACAAAAUUUUAUUAAAAAGAAUUAAGGAUACGUUUACUAACACACCUGAUCAAAAUGGCGAACAAAUUGAAUCGAUAAAAUUAACAAAUUCUGAUGAAGAUACAAACAAUUUAAAACAUUUUAUUAACAACAUUAUAAAGACAGGAAAAAAUAAUAUAUGUCUAGUUAAAAUAAAAAAUCUAAAACAAAUAUUUUUGCAAAAUGUUGAAGAAAAUAAAAAUAACGAAAAUACCACAAAUUUAUUAGACACAUUAACAGAUAUAAAAAUAAAUGAAAAAAUAUCUCUUAUAGAAAAAGAACUAGAAUUAUAUAUUAAAUAUAAUAUAUCUUUUUAUCGUUUAUUUUUUAAAUUUAUAAUACCACUUAUAAAUAAAAUAACAACUAUUUUUGAAAAUUUAGAAACAUUUUUUACAUUAUAUAUAAAAUAUAAAAUUAAAAAAAAAAAAAAAUUGUUUUUUUUUUAUGAUCCUUGGAUAUAUAGUUAUGAUACAUUCUUAUCAUUCUCUCAAAUAAAUAUAAUUCCAAAUUUAAACAAUUUAAAAAAAAAUGAUAUGUUUGAAUCGAAUAAUCAAGAGUUUGAAAAUUUUUCAAAUCAAAUAAAAACAAAUAUAUAUUUUAAAAAUUCAAAAGAUAUCUUAAAUUGGGAACAAUUCAUAUUAUAUCAUAAACAAUUAGAGAAUGAUCUAAUUUUAUCUAAUAUAUUUAAUUCUAUUAAUAAAUUUUAUGAUUAUAAAAAUAUUAGUGAAAUUAUUUCAUAUAAGGAAAAUAUAUCAACAUAUUAUAAAAAAAAAAACCUUAAAAAAAAAAUUUAUUUUAAUUUAAGUUAUAAUAAAUUAAAAAAUUAUUAUACAGAUAUCUUAAAUCUUUGUUAUGAUGAAAAAUAUAUAAAAAUAAAUACACGUGCCUUAAAAUAUUUAUUCUUUAACCUUUAUUUCAACUAG